AUGGCACCUGCGUCUCACCCGCUCCUGCGUCGGCUCUUGGUCCCUGGCGCCGCCGUUUUGACGGGGGCGACCUUGCUGGCGUACACGUACAGGCCCCGUAACAUCCCCGGAUCGUCCUCGGCCGCCGUCCAUCCGCCGACCUACGGCCCGGAUGGCUCCUUCACCAUGCCCAAGUUCCCGCGCGUCAAGAGCCGUCUGGAGCAGCUCCGGGAUCUCUGCCAGAGCGCCGACUCGCACGCCGGAGUUGAAUAUGACAUGCUCGUCAUCGGCGGCGGCGCCACCGGAGCGGGCGUCGCCCUGGAUGCGGCGACGCGCGGCCUCCGCGUCGCCCUCGUCGAGCGCGAUGACUUCAGCAGCGGCACAAGCAGCAAGAGCACCAAGCUCGUCCACGGCGGUGUUCGUUAUCUGGAAAAGGCCGUUUGGAACCUUGAUUACAACCAGUAUCAGCUCGUCCGAGAGGCCCUAAAGGAGCGCAAGUACUUCCUCCAGACGGCACCGCAUCUCAGCAUGUGGCUGCCCAUCAUGUUGCCCCUCGACACGUGGUGGAAGGUGCCCUACUACUGGGCCGGAACCAAGUUUUAUGACGCCCUUGCCGGCAGCGAGGCCAUCGAGAGCUCCUACUUUCUGACCCGCAGCAAGGCCCUCGAGGCUUUCCCCAUGCUCAAGCAGAAGGGCCUCGUCGGCGCUCUCGUCUACUACGACGGUGCGCACAACGACUCGCGCAUGAAUGUGUCGCUCGCCAUGACCGCUGCGCUCUACGGUGCCACCGUCGUCAACCACGUCGAGGUCACCGGUCUCCUCAAGGAUCACCGUGGCCGUCUCUGCGGGGCCACCGUCAGCGACCUCGUCGCCGCGAGGGAUGGUCAGCAUUCCCGAGACCAGGUGCCCAUGACGGUCCGAGCCAAGUGCGUCGUCAACUGCACCGGACCCUUUACCGAUUCGAUCCGAAAGAUGGACGACGGAGAGUGCCAGGACAUUGUCGCGCCCUCGUCCGGCGUCCACAUCAUCCUGCCCGGCUAUUUCAGCCCUGCCAACAUGGGCCUCAUCGACCCUUGCACCUCCGACGGCCGCGUCAUCUUCUUCCUACCCUGGCAGGGGAACACCAUCGCCGGCACGACCGACUCGCCGACGUCCAUCACGGCCAACCCGAGGCCGGACGAGGAGUCCAUUCGGUGGAUCCUCGGCGAGGUGAGCCGGUACCUGUCCCCCGACAUCAAUGUUCGUCGCGGAGAAGUCUUGGCCGCCUGGUCCGGGAUACGGCCGUUGGUGAAGGACCCCAAGGCCAGGAACACGGAGUCGCUUGUCCGCAAUCACCUCGUGCACGUCUCUCCGUCGGGUCUGCUGACGUGUGCCGGCGGAAAGUGGACGACGUACCGUCAGAUGGCCGAGGAGUGCGUCGACGCUGCCGUGAAGGAGUUUGACCUCAAUCCAAGGUCGCUGCCGGACGCUCCUCGCGUCGGCGGCAGCGACGUGACAGACGAGGACGAUGACGAUGACGAUGGAGCCAUGCUAGAUGGAUCCUGCCAAACGCACAAAGUCCGGCUCGUCGGCGCCCACGGCUUCAGCAAGACCCUUUUCAUAUCCGUCAUACAGCAUUUCGGCCUCGAGACGGAGGUGGCCAAGCACCUGACGGAAAGUUACGGUGACCGCGCAUGGGCCGUGGCGGAAUUGUGCAGACCGACGAACAAGCGGUUUCCCGCUCGCGGUGAGCGCAUCAGCCAGCUCUACCCCUUUGUCGAUGGCGAGGUCCGGUACGCCGUCCGGCACGAGUAUGCCCAGACGGCCGUCGACGUCCUCGCAAGGCGAACACGGCUGGCGUUCCUGAAUGCCCAGGCUGCUCUCGAGGCACUGCCCAAGAUUAUCGACAUCAUGGCGAAUGAGCUCAAGUGGGAUCAUCGGCGGAGGAAGGUAGAGUGGGAUGAGACCGUCGCUUUCCUCGCCUCCAUGGGAUUGCCCCACCCGAUGCUCACAGCGACGAGGAAGCAAGUAGAGCAAGGGAAACUAGACUUUGUUGACUCUCUCGAGUGGAACCUGUACUCGCGACAUGACAGACCCGUCGAUGACUAG